AUGGAGAGUUCUUCCGUAGAAAGUGACUUGCAAAACUUUCAUAAAGAAAAGAAGCUUUAUGCAGUUGAUUCUUUGAACAACUUAAAUGAACAAAAUCUUUGUGCAGAUCGAUAUCGGCACGCCGGUAUGUAUGCUGCAGACCAUUUGUCAACCACCUUCCGGGAUAUCAGAUUAACGCUACUCAUUUUGUGACUUAUUUGUUUAGAUAAAUGUGUUCUCAGGGUGGUUUAGUAAAAAGGACCAGGUGUUAACUGUGCAUCUAAACCAUGGGUAGUCAGUGUAGACUUCAACUUGAGUCAGCACCUUGCAAGGUUAAAUUAACAAGUUGGCAUUCACAAUAGGUGGACAGCGUGGUUUGUGUGAGAGACAUAGCUUAAAUCUAUCUGUCUUCUGUGUACAUUUUAAAGAUAAUAGUUCAAAAUAUAUGACUAUAGGUUCAUUUACACAACUGUGCAAAACUAUGAUUUUAUUUGAAGAUGGGGCUUAGUGGUGAUAUAUAUUUUCUUCCAAGGAGUGAAUUUUGGCAGCUGCCAUUUGUCGUGCCAAAGUGCUCCAGGGGUAAUAAAAACUGCAGCGGCCAAAAAAAUCCGUUCUGCACAACAGUUAAAGAACGGUACAGAGACUCUGUCUUCUGUUUCCUUUGAUUUUUCUGUUAUAUGAUAAUAUCACUGAUUUAUGAAUAAACACUGAACUGGUAGUGAUUGCAUUCUACUAAGCUGCUUUGAGUUACUCUGAAAAUAAAACAGGGUUUUGUUUUGUUUUUAUAAAUAGAACAAUAUGCUGAGGCUGUUAAAAAAUUGUUAAUUGUCUACUUGUUCACUGCUUUUCAGGCUAUGAACAAUGUGCUUCGUCCAUUAGCUGCUUUCAAUGUGUACCUCUUUCUUUCUCUAGAACUUUUUAGCUGCUGUAUAUUUCCCAGCUGAAUUAAUUAGCUGCAUGCGCAGCACAAUCCCACGCAUGUUCCCAGAGAAGUCAGUCCCACUGUGCUUGCUCCCAAAUCAAUACAUUUAGGACUGCCUUAAAACGCCAUAUUUAUUUAUUUGAUAGAUCUUAUAUUUCACGAUUCUUCCAUCAUGGCGUUCCCAGAUUGUCCUCCAUCCAGGCACUGACCAGACCUAGAUCUGCUUAGCUUCAUCGAGUUGGCUAUGUCCUUUGUCUUCAGAAUGUGCCCUUAACCAGCUUGUCAGAAGGAUAUGAGAUUUUCAUUUUGUCUGGUGCUUCUAUUUCGAUCUGAAUCAUUGGACUCUAAACUUCACUGUUUCGGGGAUGGGGAGCCUGUGGCCCUCCAGAAUGAAUGAAUGAAUGAAUGAAUCUUUAUUUGCAUCAGCCAUCGGCCAUAGCAAUAAAACAACAAUACAAUAUACAAAGAAUAGAAAUAAAAAGUUAAUUAUAUAAAAUACAUUUUAGGGUUUUGUGUGGCCCUCCAGAUAUUGUUAGACUCCAGCUCCCAUCAUCUCUUACCAUUGGCCUCGCUGGGUGGAACUGAUGAGAGUUGAAGUCUAACCGCAUCUGAAGGGCCACUGCUUCCCUCUCCUUGGUUUGAAGAGGAGGAGAUGCAACCAUUUCUGGGAUCAUCGUUUCUUCAGCAGGGGCUCAGUUGACCAUGAUAUUCUCUUGACAAGACAGAUAAGUUUCCCCACUCCAUAUAGCCACAUCCGAUCGUUUUUCAGUUGCUCCACCCUAAUUUUAUUCUCAUGUGUAUUUGUCUCUACUGUACACAUGGUAACAAAUAUUAUUUUUAGCUCUCUGCGCUCAACUCCCUUGCAGUGUUCUGAAAGUUCUUUGGAAGUUAUUGUCUCUUGGCAGCAUUCCACAUUUUGAUGCUGGAACAGAUACAGAAUCCUGUGGCUUGUCCUUAACUUAGAAAGCGUGCCUAUAUACAAUUUGUCUGAAAGUUCUCAGUAAAAUGUGUGCUGUAGAAUGGUUUGUUUCUUAUCAAAUGGACAGGUGUGUCAGGACUAUGUCUAAGUGUCUUGGGUCCUUCAGCAUGGUGCUUUUUGCCAGGCUGCAGCUUUUUCCUCUAGGUCACAUCACAACCAACUCUGCCCUCCAAACACAGGCUUUGUCCUUCUAACUCUCUAAGAGCUGGAGGAGGGGUCCCAGCCAUUUGUCAUCUGGCAUGGAGCCCCCUUUCCUUUGUUAUCUUAAUGGCCCAUUGCCUUUCUUUUGUUCUUUUGUUUCUUUUGUUAUCUCACCAGGAACCUAGCCUGGCUGGAUUAGCUUUUAACACUUGCUAGGAUUAUACAGGUAUCACACCCAGAAACUCAUAACAAUAUUAUAAAACAUGAGAGAGGGUGUGUGUCCGUCCUGAUAACCCGUAUUAUGUGGUGCCGCUCAGCGCUGCUAAGGGCUUCCAGUAUGGUGAAUUCAUCUUAGCACUAGAGUUUGCAAAUCAAUGCAGGCUUUGAGUUUUUAAAGGACUGCUUCUCAGAGCCAUUUGUUUUCGCUUUGUUUGACUUCAGUGGGCUGCUCUCCAGCAUGCGGUUUGGGAAUGCAGCCUUGGAGAUGUGUGCUCUUGCCCUCUAACAUUCAGACAGAUGCCCUCUUUAUGGCUGUCAGCUGUUUUUAUGCAGGAAUCUGUGAUCGGCUUUCUAAAUUGCAAACAUCCUUAGGAAUUUUUUAAUUAUGUUUUCAAGUAAUGGUUUUAUGAGAUUUUUUAAAUGCCCCAAUUAAUGCAAUGCCUUUGUGUAUGGUAAGAUAAAUAUGAAAACUGAAAUUUCUACAUUAUUUGUUUUGUUUAUUACAUUUAUAUCCCACUUUUCCUCCGAGGAGUCCAAGGUGGCAUACACUGCUUUCUUCCUCUUCAUUUUUAUCCUCACAGCAACCCUAUGAGGCUAAAGGGGCUCAACAUGGGUGAUAUAUAACGCAGCAAGCCUGGAACCAUUUUAAAUGAGCUUCUGAAAUAGGUGCCUUCAAUUUAGCCUGGGUAGAGAAGCAAGGCUGUAUUUCUGUUUUGGCCAAGAAUACAGCAGCGCCACACUGUUAGCAGCUUGGCAGGGUUUCUUGCUCACGGAUGGUUUUCAAUACUUUAAUCUAAAUUCUCUUGGCCAGCUCACUUUCUAAGGACUGCCCAUUAAGCAGAGCGGACAAGAGACAUUUGUUAAAGAUAGCUUACUGUGUUUGAAAGCCCACCCUAAGGGUAUUCCACAUUUCAUUCCUGUGACUGGGAAGCUGCCUCUAUCGUGAUGGAACUCAAUAAACUUAACACAUAAUAGGUUUGUUAUGAAAUGGAGGAAAUGGGGGAAAGAGGGGGACAACUAUUAAAAGUCUGCAAACUUUGGUUUCUCCUCAGGCAGGAAGAUUUGUGUUAGAAAAAUUAGGCUUGCUCUCAAAAUUUGUCCAGUACAGCCAACUCGUCAAGUAGGGAUUUAUGCUAGUCCACUCUGUUGAUUCUCUGAGGGCUUUCUGUGACAGAUACUUUAAAAAUGGUUCUGUUCAUGCCUGGCAGAGAAAAACCAGGGCAGUUGUGGGGAAACUUUGACCCGCCAGAUUUCCUUCCAUGCCUAGCCAUGUUUGCUGGGGCUGAUGGGAAUUGUAGUUCAAUAACAACUGGAAGGUCAAAGGUUCCCCACACCUGUCCUAGGAGGUUGUUAAAAGUCAGCUACUUAUUAUGUCGUCACAAUUUUCUCUGUGCCUCACGUCCAGUCAAGAGUGAGCCAAGAAGUCAGAGUCAAAGGAAGGCAGAAGAAAGCACAGCAAAGUCAGAAAUAUGUUAUCGUUCAGCCAAGGACCCCAAACAAGCAGCCUCUUAUAGCCUUUCCUGUCCAGUGACCAACCUGGAAUCAAUCCAGGACCAGAAUUGCUCUUCACAUGGGCAACCGCAGGUGGAAGACAUCUUGCACUUUUUACUAUAUGGCCCACUAUACACUGGACCCAGGAGGCGAUUUCUCACCUGACCGUACAGGAAAGAUGUCUCUCCCCAGCAGAGAAGGUCCUAUGGCUUCUCAGCAAUGUAAACGCUUCAGUGACUCAUAAAGUCACCCUUUUUGGUGGCCAAAAAGAUCAGAAAGACGACUCUGGACCAGGCUUCCUCAAACUCGGCCCUCCAGAUGUUUUGAGACUACAAUUCCCAUCACCCCUAACCACUGGUCCUGCUAGCUAGGGAUCAUGGGAGUUGUAGGCCUAAAACAACUGGAGGGCCAAGUUUGAGGAAGCAUGCUCUGGACAAUUUAGCAGUGAACUGUAAGGGAGACACAGAGACCUAAAUAGAGACUAUUAUUUGUGGCACGGCACCCCUUUUGCUUGUAUUUAUUUUUGAUUCAGAUUUGUCAUGGCCAAUGGCUAGUACAAUAAAGUUAUUUGGAUUGGUUGGCUCCCCACAUGGGCCAAUCAUACACAAGGACACAUCUGAAGUAACAGUCUAUUGAGUAAGCACGUGAUGCAUUUUAAGUCACUUUUUAAGUGAAUAAUUGCUUAUGACGCUGAAAUUAAGAGUUUCUUGAAUGACAUUGUCAGAGCUGGCUCCAGGUCCCAGCUCACAGAGGACCAACGCUAGCCGGCAGUAAUGUACAAAAGUCUUUAUUGAAGUACAGUUUCCAUUUUCAAGCCGCAGCGCCCCAGCUCUACGUCUAGGGGUUAGAUCGGCGAGCUCCAUCUGAGUCUCCGCCCCUGUACACCAGUUUAAGAUUCUAGCCUUACUCCACCUCUUACGUCUCUCCUUUCUCCUCUGGGUCCUGCUACCCCCCGGGGUCCCUUCCUUCCUGGAUUCUUCUGACGCUGACGUUGACCCCCUGACUCCUCCCCUCUUUUCGGCGGGCUUUGGGACCUGGCUCCCUAUCCGGGCUGCCAACUGCGCCGCCCUCCUGUACAUUUGAACUUGGCGCGCGCCCAGCCUUCAACCUUCCUCUCGACCGUUUCCUCGCUCCCCGAUGGAGGCGUGGCCAAUCCUGACUCAUGUCCUCCCACUGGCAGUGCGCCGCCUGAUCCCGAUGCCUGGGACCCUCCCCCCUACUGCACUCUGGUGUGGACGCUGGUCCUGAUUUCCAACUGCUGCUCUCUGAGUCCCCUCUGGCCCCUUCUUCCUGGGGUGUCCCCUCGGCACCCCCUUGCUCUGACCAAGGGAGCCCUUUCUGUGAAUCUUCCGAUUCGCUGGAAAGACUCAGAGACCUCGGACCGCUGUCAUCGCUAACAUUUCCUUCGGACUCCUCCCCCUCGCUCUCUAUUUCCUCCCUUUCCUGUGCCUCUGCUCCUGAACCCCUGACAGACAUGAUGGUGGUGCAUUACUUAGCAGGGGGAAUACAUGGCUCCAGUUCAGAAAUUAUUAGCAUUUCUCAUUAUUGUAUUCUUAAAACCAGAACCAACUUGCUAUGUUUAUUCUCAAAGGCCAUUGCAUGUUUUCCUCUUAGAGUUUUGUCUUUGUUUUACAGCAGUCUGGGAAGAGAACUUACACAGUCGGAGGUGUUUGACAAUUCAAAACAGCAUGAGAUGCCAAAGCUGGUUCUUUGUCACAUUGAUCAUUACUUUAAUUGUCAGCUUGGCACUAGUUUCUUUUGUAAUAAUCUUAAUAGGUAAGUAAGUUUGCCUUAGUUCUUACGAUAUCGAUUGCAAGGGGAGGAUAGGAUGGAAUUUAAUGGCCUAGAUUCUAUGUGUUUUGUAGCAUGCUCUCAUCUUUGAUAUGCAGCACAAUGGAUAAAUGAAUAGAUGAAUGAAUGAACGAACAAUGCUCACAGUGGCAAUAAAAAAGUAUUUUAGUAUAAAGCUGUGUGAAUAGGUAAGAAGCUGAUCUUAUGUGAAUGGAAAUCUAAAACCCACCAUCCAGUCAACAUUGCCUUGUUUUGCAACUGGCAGGGAGGGAACAGGUGGUUUAUAUUAAAAGAGACUUGGGUAAUGCAAUUUGAUCUCCCUUCAUAUGGUGUUUUAGAAAUGCUAUGUGAUUCUCCUGUUCCUCUCCAACCCCCUUCUCUCUCUCCUUUGUACUUUCCUAGGAUAGGCAUGGGAAAGAAUGAGAAUGGGAGUAUGUGGGCGUGUAAAUUGUACAGUUGGUGUGACUUUGGCUGGAAGUUUGUUUGAGGUGGGCUAAAUUCUGUACAUGAAAAGGGAGGAACUCAGAGGAAUUUGGGAAUUAUGAUUGUCACAAAUGGUAAUACAAAGGCAAUGUUUUGAAAUUAUAAAUCACAUGAUAUAAUAAAAUGUAUAAUAUUGUAGGGGGGGGUUAAAGUCAUUUAAAAUGGAGAACUGCUGCUGAAAUGUUACUCCACGAAGGCAGAGAUGAACACCAAAUAAAUGCAGAGGAACACAGUCUUUGGCUCAGUGGAUCAGGGUUCGUGUGGAUGCCAAAAAACUAUUAGUCAUGAUUUUCUGAUAAAAAUGUAUAUUUGCUGCUGUCCCCCACUCUUUAGCACAGUUAACUUUGCUUGGGACAUUGCAAAGUAAUAAAUGCAGCAGUCUUGUAAACAUAAAUGUUCUUAAAACCUUGCUUCACCAUUCAUACAUUAAUUUCAGCCUUCACCUAUGCCUCGACUCAUUGUGCCUGGAAGCAGGUUGCUUCAGCCUGCUGAGGAGAAGGGUGCAAUUUCCUGAUUAUGCAAUUUCCUGUAUUAUGAACCAUAUUCAAUCUGACAAUCUGAGUGCUGGUUUAAACAUUGCCUUUUCUUCCAUAGUUCACACUGGAGACAAGAUGGAUGAAGUGUCAAGAAAAAUAGUGCUAGAAAAGAAGAGCAUUGAAGACCUUAAGGAAUUAAACGACAUGAUUUUGCAAUACCUUAAUCAGACAGAAUGGGUGGGGAGUAUAGGAAACUUCAGCACAAAGCAAGCAAGGGAACCAGGUCCAGGCUAUUGA